AUGCGGGGCCAUACGGUACGACCCCAUGGCAACCGACAGCAGCAGCAGCAGCACCAGCCCUGCGGAAGGUGGCACUUUGAGCAGCGAGAGCGGCAGGGACAACAGCAGUGGUGGUACAAGGGCGGAGGUGGAGGUGGUGCAGCUGACGGAGGAGGAGCAGCAGGACAACAGCAACGGGCGCAACAGCCGUGCUACCACCACCCCCCCACCCAGGGUCAGUGCCCUGACGGCCAGCCACUGCUGCUGGAGCGUGCCCUGGCUGCGGUGCUCCACCUGCCUCUCAUGCGCUGUGCUGACCUCUCACCGGGGCUCGCAGUCAACACUGCUGCUGCUCUUGCUGUUGAUUCUGGGCAGUAG